AAGUACAACAGUUCUCUGUGCGCUCCCAUUCAUUUCCUGAGAACUGCCCGAGCUGAGCAGCUGAGAGGCAGAAGUGUAGGGGAGGGAGCCGCUCACACACUCACACAUACACACACGCACAUUCACGCAGAGUGAGAGGAGAGAAGAGGAAAGGGAGAGGAGACGAGACAGAGAGGACUGUGGAAAGGAAAACAGUCUCCUAGUCUCCACGGCUCUGCAGCUUUUGACAAGGCAGCCUAAGAAACAGGAUGUUAAUGCUUGACGGAAUGCCGGCAGUCCGAGUCAAAGCCGAGCCCCUGGAAUCGGAACAAGGGUCCCCUAAAGUUCGACCUUACUCUGCAAUGGAUGGCGUCCCCUUCUUUCUCAGCAGAGUUAAAUCUGAACCUCCAGAAGACCUCCUCGCUCAUCAUGACCUGCACUUCCACACGCAGACAGAACCAGUGGACCUGUCAAUCAACAAGCCCCGUCCCUUGACCUUGUCCUCCACCACCACCACUAGCACAACCUCCUCGACGUCGCCCCCCCACAGAUCCGCCUUUUCUCCAUCUUCAUUGUCUUCAUCCUCCUCCUCCUCGUCUUCUCCAUCGGUUAUCACCUCAGCCUCCUCGGUGCUCACUCCAGGCCCCCUGGUUGCCCCCGGAAGUGGGGUGAGAGGUCAGCCGUAUUUGCACAUUCUGCAGUCUGUGCCACCGCCUCCGUCCAGUCCUCUGAGCCUGCAGGGAGCUGGGAAGUUGGCCGGCCAUGUUCACCGCAUACCAGUUGUGGUACAGUCAUUGCCCCUCAUGUACACCACUGCAGUACGGUCGCCCUCCAGCCUCAACAGUGCUAUCAUGCUACCUCUGCUGGAAGAGGCCAAAAGCCAGGGCAAAGCACACUCAGACCCCAAUGGCCUGUCACCAAGGCAGAUCAAAAGUGACAGUGACGAUGAUGACCUGCCGAACGUGACCCUGGACAGUGUUAAUGAGACCGGCUCCACGGCGCUGUCUAUAGCCCGAGCUGUGCAAGACUCCAUGUCGCCGUUCAGUAUUGACAGCAUCCGACGCCCUCGGAGGUCAGAGUCACCAGACUCAAAGAAGCGAAGAAUCCACAGAUGUGACUUUGAGGGCUGCAAUAAAGUGUACACCAAAAGCUCCCAUUUAAAAGCGCAUCGGAGGACGCACACAGGGGAAAAGCCAUACAAAUGCACCUGGGACGGUUGCACCUGGAAGUUCGCCCGCUCCGACGAGCUGACAAGGCAUUACAGGAAACACACGGGGGUCAAGCCCUUCAAAUGCGCAGACUGUGACCGCAGCUUCUCCAGAUCCGACCACUUAGCCCUGCACCGACGGAGACACAUGCUGGUGUAAAGCACAACACGGGCGAUUAAGAGAAGAUGUCAGCGGAGCAGACACAUCCACACGUACACACACAGGCAGCCAAGGGAGCAGGAUCUCCCUUUGAAUGUUCUUCAGCAGGCCUGGACGCCCAAAAUCAAACACAGAUGAGCACACACACACAUACACACGCUGGCAUCCUGAGAUUGAGAAGCUGGAUGGAUGGUCGGAGCAGAAAACAAGGGGACUUCUGGAUCCUUUUGGAUUAAUAGGAAGCGAUGACAGGAUCUUUAACCAUCAUCGGCGAACAAUAGGGAACUGUUAUGAGCAGCACUGUUUGGUGAUGUUUCACUUUGAUUUUUAGGAUGAAGUGGCACUCUUUAAAUUUGGAUUUUACUCACUUUACAUUACAGCUGCUUUUCCAGCAUGCAAAAUGUGAAAGACCCCUUUGAAAUCAGAGCUGGAGCGGAUUUCCACAAGAAAGACUUGGCCUGAGUUGGAAUUACAGAGACAGUAUUGUUUUGCUUGCCCCCCCUGUGAGUUUAACACAUGGCCAGCAGAGGGCAGUGUUUGAUCACAGGUUUUCUUAGCGAUUACGUUUUCUUUCAGAAGCUGAAGGAGGGUUGGGCUUUCACAUUUUCCACCAAGCAAAGUGCAAAUAUCUUCACCUGGAUCCAUCUUUAUCCCCACAUCCACCCAGUCAACCAUUAGCUGCUUUUUUCCAAAACAGCAGAACCUGGACAUGCCUAAUCAUCACACCAGCAAAGACGCACCAUUUUAUCACAUGGACAUUGGACAAACCCCAUUCUUCAUCAGUGCUUUUCUUUAUUUUGAGCCUCUUAAAAUAAUUUUCUUCAAGCAAAUCUUAUGUGGAUUUUGAGCUGUGAUUAGCAAUCAGUAAAGUGCAAUCUUAAAGAAUAUAUAUAAAUAUAUAUAUAUAAACUUUCAGUAUAAAAAAGUUUUCUUUAUUGAAUCUUGCUUUUUUUUUUUUAAAUACCUGCUUAUUGCUUAUGCUUAAUUCUGACAAAUACAACCCCCUUGUGUACAGCGAACCUUGAAACAAUCGGAGGAGAGUCUGUGGAAAAAGAAAACCAACAGAGGCACCUUAGAGACUUUCAUCCUGUCCCCAUUCACCUGUGCUCAUCAGUCAACCCACUUUUCCUCCAAUGAAAUCAAACCGAAACAUGGAAAUUUUUUGGUAGUUUUCAUACAGCAAAGCGCCCCUUCACCACAAGCUGUCACUGACACCAGCUGGAGAUUGACAGAGAAAAUCUUGCACACAGAAGAGCAAUACAUUCUGAUCUAAAAUCUUUGUUGAUGUCAACCAGGUCAGCCUCGCUCUGUUUCUGAAUAUCUGAGUCACAAAGUGAAGUCUCAGCUGGUCAUUUAUCCCACAUCAUCUGACAUUUUUUUAUUUAUAUUUUACAUAAACAUUGCUUGAAAUGUUCUCACCUCACUUUGGGCGGUUUUGUUGGUUAUUUACCAAAAGUUUGGUGUUUAAAAUGCAGGAGUUGCACACCUAGUAACAUACAGAAUACCAUAUAUACAUAUGGUGCCUUGCAAUAGUCUAAAUCCUUGAACUGUUUCACAUUUUGUUACGUUACAACGACAAAAAAUCAGUGCAUUUUGUUGGGUUUCUUUGUCAUAGCCCUACACAAUUUGUAGCACGUAGUUGUCAAGUAGAAGUAAUUGAUAAAUAUAAUUCUUUUGUAAAUGAAUAAAGAUCUGAAAAGUGAGAGUUUGUAUGUCUUCAGCAUCUCUGAUUUAGAAGUACUUUGUAGAAAAAAUAGCUUUGCACAUCUGGAGGUUGAAAUCUGUGCUCAUAAUUGGUAAAAUACUUUCGAUUCGAUGGAGAGUAUUCAGUUUUCGAUGUCUUGCCAUAGAUAAUCUCAAUGGGACCUAUAUCUGGAUAUUGACUUGUCCAUUUUAACAUACAAACUGGAGCUCUGUAUGUGUAGGGUUGUGUUUUCCUGCUGGAUGGUGAACCUCCAGAGGCUUAAGUCUUUGGCAGCCUCUUAAAAGCUAUUUUUGGGUAGUUUUAGCUUAAUUCAGUUUUUACAUUUACUGUUGAGAGAAAAAUACCCCUCAGAAUAAUGCUGCCACUACCAUGUUUAAGAGAGAAGAUAAGGUAGCAUUUUUUCUAGAAUUGGGUGGGGUUGAUUUUGAUGUCAUUUAGCCAGGGCAUCUUCUCUCACAUGUUUGCUAAUGGUUAUUCUGUUAACAGAUUCUCUCACCUGAUCUGCGUUUCUCUGCAGCUCCUUAAGAGAAGCUAUGCACCUCUCUGCAGCUCCUCUCAUUAAUGCAGUGUUUAACUGUAGAUCUGCAGUUUAAUUUCUCUCUUUCCAAUUUUAUAUAUUGAACAUUUCUUUAAAUAUAUUCAAAGCUUGUGAUCCUUUUUUAAGAAUCAAGCCCUACUUUGAACACAUAUUUCUCCUUGGCCUAUCUGGUCUGUUCCUUUGUAUUCAUUAAGCUGAUCUCACCAGUGUUCUCUAAGAACAUGCUUAGGCCCUAAUAUAGAAUAUGCAUUUAUUCUAAGAUAAAGAUGAACUCUAUUUACUAACUAGGUGACAUCUG